UUGAUGAGCAAUGAGCAUUCCGAUUCUAUGCAAAGCUGUGGGACAACUCCCUUUUUAGUUCCAGUCCAGCUCUCUUCCCAGACCCCGCCCCGCCCCCAUAACUACCCCACACCCGCUCAGAGACAAGAUGCUGCUUUCGAAACCCCUCAACAUCCCCGCCUGGUUGGAGAAGAACUCCCACCUCCUCCAGCCACCGAUCAACAACUACUGCGUCUACGAUGAACACAUGACGGUGAUGAUCGUUGGCGGACCGAACGCACGCAACGACUACCACAUCAAUGAGACGCCCGAGUGGUUCUACCAAUACAAGGGGUCGAUGCUUCUCAAAGUCGUUGACGACGGCGAGUUUAAGGAUCUGUGGAUCAACGAGGGGGAGAUGUUUUUACUUCCACCGAAUACUCCGCACAACCCGGUCCGCUUCGCAGACACGGUCGGAAUCGUCAUCGAGCAGCCGCGGCCGGAGGGCAGCCUUGACCGCCUACGCUGGUACUGCCAAGGGUGCAAGAAGAUUGUGCACGAGGCGGCGUUCCACUGCACGGAUCUUGGUACGCAGAUCAAAGAUGCGGUCAACGCGUUCAAGGAGGACGAGGAGGUGCGAAUGUGCAAGAAUUGUGGGGAGGUGGCUGCCGCGGCGCCGCCGGCGGAGAAGAAGUAGAUUUUAGAUACUUUGUGGGGUUUCGUCGGUGAUGUCACCGAAGUGCGACGCUGGACUGAACUGAAUGUAACUGCACUGGCAACUGGCAACCCCGCGGUCGCUAAGAUUGGUGGGGGAAUGUUCCCAAUCACGCUAAAAAAAUGAAUGAGCGUCGUGCAUCC